AUGGUCGGACGACUCGAAGGAAAGAAUGCCAUUGUGACCGGUGCUGCCGGUGGCAUUGGCCUUGAAACCGCCAUUCUCAUGCUCCGCGAAGGCGCUUCCGUUCUUAUGGCCGAUAUUAGCGAGGCCGGCCUGGCCACCGCUCUCAAUAAAGUCAACACAGUCGUCCCCGCUGCUGAGCGUAGCGGCAAGGUCGAGACAAGAGUUGUCGACGUUUCCAGCGAGUCUCAUGUUGAAGCCGCGGUCGGCCAUCUGGAUUCCUGGGGCGGGAUCGAUGUGAUGUUCAACAAUGCCGGAAUCAUGCACCCGAAGGACGGUGACUCCGAGGAAUGCCCCGAGGAGAUCUGGGACCGAACAAUGAACAUCAAUGUCAAGGGCGUAUGGUUUGGAUCGAAGCAUGCCGUACGCAGCUUCCGAAAGCAUGGCAAGAAGAAGGGAAGCGUGAUCAAUACAGCCAGUAUGGUGGCUCUGGUCGGUGCGGCCACGCCGCAGCUGGCGUAUACUGCCAGCAAGGGUGCCGUGCUGGCUAUGACUAGAGAGCUCGCGAUUGUGCACGCCCGCGAAGGUAUGAUUUGCCUUUCGGACUGGCAAUUUGUCGACGAAGUGCUAAAAUGGUCCAUCACAGGAUUCCGAUUCAAUUCUCUCUGCCCUGCGCCUCUCAACACUCCUCUUCUUCAGGACUGGCUGGGUGACGACAAGGAAAAGCGAUUCCGCCGCGAGAUCCACUUCCCUACCGGCCGCUUUGGUGAGGCUAUCGAACAAGCCCACGCUGUCAUUUUCCUAGCCAGUGACGAGAGUUCAUUCGUCAAUGCUGCUGAUUUCGUCGUAGAUGGCGGUCUCACAAAGGCAUAUGUGACUCCGGAGGGCCCGGCGACAGAGGCUCCAAAGAACUUGGCUGGCCCAUAG